GCAAAUAACAUAAAUAGCCUCAAUUGAUUAUUCCUAUAGUGAUAGAGGUUAUUUAUGAUAAGUUGCCCAGGUACUUGGAAUAAUUAAUUAGGCGAUGACGGCGUACAUGUACCGUUCUGUUACGCCGGGGUGUAAAUGUACAGUGGGUAAAAACACUUUAACCAAAAAAGAAAGCGCGUUAGAAAACGCGUCCGAGCUUUGGUGGGCGUUCCGCCGUAGUAACCUACCUUCUUUCCUACGCCGUGUGUCAACCACAUACGAUAAGAUCAACCUUAAUAACCUUGUUAUCUCCCUAAAUUCUCAAUCUGCUGGCGCCGUCUCUUCUAAACUUCACUUCAAAACACACCAUUCAUCUAUCUUUCUCUUUCCGCCGUGCCCAGAUUCAUAUCAAUCCGCCGAUUUCAUCAACUUAAAUAAUUCUUACGCUCACCUCUCCUAUCAUCAAUAUUUAAAGGUGACCCUAAGUCCGCCGAUCAUGGCUCCCUCACGACAGAGUCAGGUGCCGCCGUACGCCAAAGACGAGCGUGUUCUUUGUUUCCAUGGUGAUUUGAUGUACGAAGCCAAGAUUCUCGAGGUCUCCGUUAAGUCCGGUCAAAAGGCAGAGGAUGCUCAGUAUCGUAUUCACUACAAAGGCUGGAAGAACACCUGGGACGACUGGGUUUCGCAAGAUCGCAUUCGAAAGUUCACCGAGGACAACAAGCAGCUCGCAAGCCAGCUUCAGGCUCAGGCUAGAAUGCGAACUCAAGGUCCUAAGGGGGUGAAGAAGGGUGGCAAGGCCAACGGUUCGGAGAUGAGCUCCGCUCGGGGUAGUGAAGAGCGCGCCGCGGGUUCCUCCAGCUUCGGUGGCCGAGGCCCUCGACGAGGUCGAGAUUACGAACUUGAGACUGAAGAUGCAUUCCACACCAGACCUUCUAUUAAGAUCAUCAUUCCCGAUGUUUUGAAGGCGAUCCUUGUCGAUGACUGGGAGAAUGUUACGAAGAAUAAUCAGCUGGUUCCUCUGCCCCAUCCUCGCCCAGUCACCAAGAUCCUAGAGGAUUAUCACGCAUACGAGGUCCCGAAGCGUCCUGAAGGUUCAUCUCAUGUAGAUAUUCUUGAAGAGACCCUAGCAGGCCUCAAGGAGUAUUUCGACAAGGCGCUUGGUCGCAUUCUUCUCUACCGAUUCGAACGUGCUCAAUACGCCGACAUGUACAAGAAGUGGAUGUCCGAUGACCCUGAGUACCAAGGCAAAACCGCGAGUGAGACUUACGGUGCCGAGCAUCUCAUGCGCCUUCUAGUUUCCAUGCCCGAGUUGGUUGCUCAGACGAACAUGGACCAACAAUCUGUCAAUCGUCUACGAGAGGAGCUUGUCAAGUUCUGUACCUGGUUGUCUAAGAACAUCACCGAAUACUUCGUCAGCCAGUACGAGUCUCCUACUCAAGAGUACAUCCAAAAGGCGAAGGAGUAAUUUCAUUAUGUUUUCUCUUUUGUUACAUGGCGGCGUUUUCUUUAGUCGAGGUCUUCAAAGCGGACGAGGACUUUGACUUGCUCAACACAUGCCCUGGAAUUUCGGAAUGGUACGCAUAUUCAGUUCAGCUCCCCCUCGUUGUGAACACGCUGCCUCGU